GGGCGGAGCGGAGCGCGGUGCCGGGGGGGGAACCGGACCCAAAGAGCUCAACCGGCACGGAGCGGGACCGGUUCGGCGGUGGGGAACGGGGCAGAUCGGGGGAGAGGGUUGUGCCGUGCGGGGCGGGGUUUGGGCUGCGCUGGUGCGGGGUUUGGGCUGUCCCGCUGCGGGGUUUGGGGCUCUCUUCGGUGCACGGUUUGGGUUCUCUCUGUGCGGAGUUCGGGGCUCUCCCGGUGCGGGGUUCGGGCUUUCACAGUGUGGGAUUUGGGCUCUCCGAGUGCGCGGUUCGGGGCUUUCCUGGGGUGGGAUUUGGGGCUUUCUCAGUGUAGGGUUUGAGCUCUCCCCGUGCAGGCGUGGAGCUGCCCCGGUGCGGGAUUUGGGGCUGCCCGGCGCAGUUUGGGCUCUCCCGGUGUACGGUUUGAAUUCUCCCGGUGCGGUUUUUGGCCUCUCCUGGUCAGGAAUUUGAGGCCUCCCAGCGCUGCCGGCCUUGGGGGGUUUCCCACUGCGUGGUUUGAGUUCUCCCGGUGCGGGAUUUGGGCUCUCCCUGCUGUGGGGUUUGUGCUCUCCCGGUGCGAGGUUUGGGCUCUCCUGAUGCGGGAUUUGGGGUUCUCCUGGUACAGAGUUUGGGUUCUCCUGGUGUGGGGUUCGGUCUUUCUCCUUGCGGGAUUUGGGGUUUUCUCAGUGCGGUUUGGGCUUCUUUUGGUGCAGCAUUUGGGGCCGCUCCGGUGCAGGGUUCAGACCCCACACUGCAGGGUUUGGAGCUCUUCCAGUGCAGGAUUUGGCCUCUCCUGCUGAAGAGUUUCAGUUCUCCCAGUGCAGCCUUUGGGGCAGUCCCGGUGUGGGGUUCGGUCUUUCUCCUCGCAGGAUCUGGGGCUUUCUCAGUGCAGGAUUUGGGGCUCUCUCGGUGCGCCAUUCGCUCUCUCCCGGCGCAGAUUUCGGUGCUCGGCAUCACCCCGACCCCCGACCCCCUUCCCAUCCCAUGGCAGCCCCCGGGGCGGGCAGCUGCUGGCAGGACCCUCUGGCGGUGGAGGGCGCGAUGUGCCGCCCGGUGUGCGGGACGCGGUGCGGGCGGGCGCUGAACGUGGUGUGCGUGCCGAGCUGCCGGCCCGCUCCGUGCCCGGCGCUGCGCUGCCUGCGGGCCGCCUGCCGCCAGCUGCGGGGCCGGCUGCGCACCGUGCCCUUCGGCCGCCUGGCGCUGGGGGACACCGCAGCCCUGGAGAGCUUCUACAACGCAGACGUGGCCGUGGUGGAGCUGAGCGAUGCCGUCUGUCAGCCCUCGCUCUUCUACCACCUGGGGGUCCGUGAGAGCUUCGACAUGCCCCACAGCGUGCUGCUCUGCUGCCGCACCGCGCUGCCCGCCCUGCGGGCCCUGCAGGAGGACAUCUGUCAGAAGAACUCGGACCCGUGUGGCAGUUACACCUUCAUCCCCUACACGGUGACGGCCCACGGAGAGGUGCUGUGCUGCGAGAGCAGCCCUGAGCAGCGCCCCACUGAGCAGCGCCCCACUGAGCAGCGCCCCACUGAGCUCCCCCCGCCCGGCUGCGACACGGAGCCCUUCACCCCACUGACGGCGCGGCUCGUGCGGCUGCUGGAGGGCGUCCCCACCAACUCCUGCGGAUAUUUCAGGGAGACCCUCCGACGUGACAUCCGCCGGGCGCGGGAGCUGUUCCGGGGCGAGCAGCUGAGCCGGGAGCUGAGGCUCAUCCAGCAGCGCCUGGACAGCGUGGAGCUGCUCAGCCUGGACAUCGUGGUCAGCCUGCUGCUGUCCUACCGCGACGCGCAGGAUUACAGCUCCAUCAUCUCCCUGGUGGACGCCCUGCGCUCCCUGCCCACCUGCGAUGUGGCCGAGCAGCCCAACGUCCGCUUCCAUUACGCCUUCGCCCUCAGCCGGCGUAACCGUGCUGGGGACCGAGAGAAGGCUCUGUCAGUGCUGCUGCCCGCCGUGCAGCACCGGGACACGGCGGCGCCCGACCUGCUCUGCCUCUGCGGCCGCAUCUACAAGGAUAUGUUCAUCAGCUCCGGCCUCACCGACACGGAGAUGCGGGACCGAGCGCUGUACUGGUACAGCAAAGCCUUUGAGCUGGAGCCCAGCCUCCACGCGGGCAUCAACGCCGCCGUCCUCCUCGUCGCCUCCGGCCAUCGCUCCGACACAUCGCUGCGGCUGCAGCAGAUCGGCGUGAAGCUGAGCUGCCUGCAGGGCCGGAAGGGCAGCCUGGAGGAGCUGCAGCACUACUGGGACGUGGGCUUCUGCCUGGGGGCCGGCAUCUUGGCCAACGACCUGGGCAAAGUCAUCCAGGCCUCCGAGAAGCUCUACAGGCUCAACGCACCGGGAUGGUACCUGGUGUCCGUCAUGGAGACCUUCCUGCUCUACAAACACUUCCAGGAGAGCCCGGCGGUGCCGUCCGCCCGCCAGGAGCUGGCUGACUUCUGGCUGGGUUUCCUCCUCACCUCCUGCCAGCCUUUCGUGCCUGAGCCGCGCUGCCCGGUCCUCAUCCUGGAGCACGGCAAGGUGCUGCGGCCGGCACGGCUGGCGGUGCGCGGUGCAGCGGAGGAGCCCGCGGUGAUGCUCAGCCUCGUGUGCCCCAUGGAGGAGAAAGCGGUGUCCUGCUGGAAAUUCCCACCCGCAGCCAUCCGGGGCGUCAGCAUCUGCAAGAGCGACGAGCGAGGCUGCUUCCUCUACGUGGUACACAUGGAGGAGGACUUCCAGCUGUACUUCCCCUCCCAGCAGCACUGCCAGUGGUUCCGUGACCGGGUCCAAUCCUUCCUGGCGGAGCAGGGCGGUGAGGAGCUGCCCAGCAGCACGCAGCCCAUCCUGGAGUACAGCUAUGAGUGCACCGAGUCGGGUGAGCGCGUGGUCCUGGGCAGGGGCACUUAUGGGGUCGUCUACGCCGGGCGCUGCCUUGGCACCCAAGUGAGGAUCGCCAUCAAGGAGAUCCCGGAGCGGGACAGCCGCUACUCGCAGCCCUUGCACGAGGAGCUCGCCUUGCACAAGCACCUGCGGCACAGGAACAUCGUGCGGUACCUGGGCUCCGUCAGCCAGGAUGGCUUCAUCAAGAUCUUCAUGGAGGAGGUGCCCGGAGGGAGCCUCUCGUCCCUGCUGCGCUCCAAGUGGGGUCCCCUGAAGGACAACGAGCCCACCAUCGUCUUCUACACCCGCCAGAUCCUCGACGGGCUCAGCUACCUCCACGAUAACCACAUCGUGCACCGGGACAUCAAGGGGGACAACGUCCUCAUCAACACCUACAGCGGUGUGCUGAAGAUCUCCGACUUCGGCACCUCCAAGCGGCUGGCGGGCAUCAGCCCCAGCGCUGACAGCUUCACGGGCACCCUGCAGUACAUGGCCCCCGAAAUCAUCGACCGUGGGCCGUGGGGCUACGGGAAGCCGGCGGAUAUCUGGUCCUUGGGCUGCACCGUCAUCGAGAUGGCCACGGGCAAACCGCCCUUCUACGAGCUGGGCAGCCCCCAGGCGGCGAUGUUUAAGCCCGUCCCGCAGGUGGGUAUGUUCAAGGCGCACCCGGAGGUGCCCGGCUCCAUGUCGGAUGAGGCCAAGGCUUUCAUCCUGCGCUGCUUCGAGGCCGACCCAGCCAAGCGGGCAACGGCGUCUGCGUUGCUGCAGGACCCAUUCCUGGCUGGUGCCAGGCGUGCCAGCAGCCAGAGGGCGCCCACAGUGAGGGACGGUUCGCCCCGCUGGGAGCGCCACGAUGGGGACACAGUGGGGACCGACGGCGCCGGGGGAUGUGCUGCCAUGCAGGGGGGUGGGGUGGGGGGCACAGCGGGCAGCACCCCCCUCCCACACCGCCACGGUGAGGCGGCGUCAGGCCACAGCAGCAGCAGCUCUGACCUCACCCUGCGCUCAUCCUCACCCGAGGAGAGCGGGGACGGCUUCGUGCUGCGGAAGGACAUCCAGCGCCGCAGCGCUCUGCUGCGCAUCCUCAGAGCCGAGGCACCGGGCAUCACCGCUGCCCUGCAGGAGAGCCAGAGCGCGGAGGGACCACGGCUGAGCUCGGAGCACAUCUCCCAGCUGCUGAGCUGCCUGCAGAGCUACAUCCAGUGCCCCCAGCAGCCCUGGCUGCGCCGCGACCUCCUGCAGCUGCAGGCACGGCUGAGGGAGGAUGGGAUCGGUGUGCACCGACUGCGGGCACCGCUGCUCCGCUUCCAGGCUGUGGUGACGCAGGUGCUGCGCCAGCACCACAUCAGGCCCCACUGGGUGUUCGCUCUGGACGCUGCCAUCAGCCAGGCAGUGCAGGCAGCCACGGCCGUGUUGGCGACGGAGCUGCGGGAGGGCGGCACCGAGGACGACCCCACGGAGCGGAGCGCCAACGAGGAGUGCUCAGCGCUGCUGGAGCGCCUCCGCCGUCUCCGCGCACAGACGGGCAGGCUGCUCCGGCAGCUGGCCGAGAAGGAGCGGGAGUGGCAGCGGUUGGCACAGCGGGCGCUUUGCUCGGGGGACGCCACGCUGCCCCAUCUCCCCCCACCCCGCGGCGAGGAGGGAGACGCCGGGGGGAGCGCCGCUGUGGGGCAGGGACCCUCAGCCCCACGCCCCGAGCGCAGCCCCGCGGCCCGGGCCGACCCACUGCUCGUGGAGUGGCUGCGGCAGCGCGGCACGGACCCGACCACCACGGCCACGCUCCUGACCCACGGCUUCACCCUGCGGGACCUGCUGGGCGCCGCCACCCGCGACGACCUCUUCUACACCGGGAUGAGGCGCGGCUCGGCGUACCGCCUGUGGGCAGCCAUCGUGCAGCACCGCAGGGACCACCGCCACGGAGGGGACGGCGGAGGGACGCGACCGUCGGAGCAAUAAACGCCACCCAGGAGAGA